GUUUUCCUAGGAGGACUUGCAAAACUCCAGCAAUUAUAUCGCAUCAAAAAGACCAGCUUUCUGAGGUUUUACAGCACGGUCCUGGAUCCGACAUUUUCUGUCUUAAUGGAGUUUACCCCACAUCAUGAUGUCCUGACCUACAUUUGUGAGAAUCCCCAGUCGGUGGCGCAGAAAGUGAAUAUCAUGGAUCAGAUCAUUAAAAUUCUCAUUGUGAUGGAGAAACACAAUAUUUACCAUGGAAACUUGAGGCUGAGGAAAUUUUAUGCCUUUGACACUCAGGGGUCUAAUCAAAUUACAGUGAAACUUGGAGACCCUGGAGUAGUUUCCUUCUUUGAUCCGGAAAACAUUUAUAAUGUUGAAAGAGCUCCAUGGCUUUCACCUGAACGGAGAAAUGACCUGAAGAAAAUCACGUAUGAAUCUGAGGUAUAUGCUAUGGGAACUACCUUGUAUGAGCUUCUGUGCCAGAGUGACCAGUUCUCACAGGAUCUGAAACUCAGUCCGGCUGAAAAUGUAAGUUGGAUGCUGACAUACCUGGAGACAAACAAGCACCUCCCACGUCCAACUUUUCUUGAAGACAACAACAGGGAACCAUCCUCAGAAGAAGAUGAAGGAAAGAAGCUGGUGCCAGAAGCUUUAGAAGUCCUUGAGUUGAUUUGGGAAAUGUGCCUGAUGUGCUGGGAGGAGGAUGAGACAUCCAGACCGUCAAUCUUAACUUUGAAUACGAAGAUGGAAGCUGUGAAAGAGAAAGUGCAAACUUUUGAUGCAGACACAGUUCUGGACAAAAUCAAGGAACUGGCAUAUGAUCUUGGCAUUGAGCACAAAGAUAUGAAAACAGAUGACAAUAAGAAUUUGACAGUAAAAGAAGUUGAGAAAAGGCUGCAGACUCAUUUACUCAAGCAUUAUUUAGACAAGAACUGCCUUAAGAUUGAGAAAAAUAAGCUUGGGAAGGGCCAUUUUGGAGAUGUUUACAGAGGCCUUAUGCGCCCUCCAGAAAAAUGCUCCCAAAAUGCAAAUGGCAAAAGUAAAAAGGUGACAGAAGAAAAUUCAGUUCACUGGACUCCUGUUGCUGUGAAGAGGAUUAAAAGACUCUCCAAACCGCAAGAUGAUCGUAGAAUGGUGUAUAAGGAGAUUAAGGUGGCUUGUAAACUGGAUGAUCCAAAUGUUGUAAAACUGCUCUAUCUUUCUAAAGAUAUUUCCCAUAAAGAUUAUGAUCCAUUGAUGAUGGUCAUGGAAUUCAUGAACUUAGGAAACCUGUCGAAGUAUGCACAUGAAUAUGGAGAGCUGUCAAGUGCAGAAAAAGUUCUCCACAUGCUGAAGAUUUUGUAUGAUGUUGUGAAGGGAAUGAGGUAUCUGUCAGGAAAAGAGAUUGUCCACAGAGACCUUGCAGCACGUAAUGUGUUACUGACUGAUGCCGGUGGCGAGAUCAGAGCAAAGGUUUCUGAUUUUGGACUGGCAAGAAUGCUGGACGGGAAUUACAGAUUUUAUAGAUUAAACCAGGAGGAUGAACUGCCCUUUGUUUGGAUGCCUCCGGAAUGUUUGGAGUGGGACCCAUCAGACCCAGAGAACAGGUUUUCCAGCAGAGGAGAUGUCUGGUCCUUUGGUAUCGUUAUGUGGGAGUCUUUCUCUAAAGGAAUUACCCCGUGGGAUGUUCUACCAAAAACAAUCACAGCUGAGAAUCUACUAAACAAAUACAAAAGCAAAUGGCGACUUCCAGGGGAGAAGAUUGUUAGUAAAGAAGCGUACAGUGUCAUGAAUGAAUGUUGGGUGAUGGAGCCAAAUAAGCGUCCAGCAUUUGUGGAUCUCGUUAAUAAGUUUAAUGUCCUGAUAUCAAAGCAGUCCUAA